GGGGAACGGAAAACCAGAAGGAGCAAGAUGAGUUCAGUUCGCCAUGGGGCUGUUUGGAAAAACCCAGGAGAAGCCACCCAUAGAACUGGUCAGUGAAUGGUCAUUGAAGAUAAGAAAGGAAAUGAGAGUUGUUGACAGGCAAAAAAGGGAUAUCCAAAGAGAAGAAGAAAAAGUCAAACGAUCUGUGAAAGAUGCAGCCAAGAAGGGCCAGAAGGAUGUCUGUAUAGUUCUGGCCCAGGAGAUGAUCAGGUCAAAGAAGGCCAUGAGCAAGCUGUAUGCAUCCAAAGCACACAUGAACUUGGUGCUCAUGGGGAUGAAGAACUAGCUCGUGGUCUUGCAGGUGGCUGGUUCCCUGCAGAAGAGCACAGAAGUGAUGAAGGCCACGCAAAGUCUUGUGAAGAUUCCAGAAAUUCAGGCCACCAGUGGGGAGCUGUCCAAAGAAAUGAUGAAGGCUGGGAUCAUAGAGGAGAUGUUAGAGGACACUUUUGAAAGCAUGGAUGAUCAGGAAGAAAUGGAGGAAGAGGCAGAAAUGAAAACUGACAAAAUUCUAUUUGAAAUUACAGCAGGGGCCUUGGGCAAAGCACCCAGUAAAGUGACUUAUGCCCUUCCAGAGCCAGAACCUUCAGGAGUGAUGGCUGCCUCAGAGGAUGAGGAGGAGGAAUCAGCUCUGAAGGCCAUGCAGUCCUGGCUGGCCACACUCCGAAGCUAGGGGCUGCCUACCUGCUGGGUGUGCACACACUCCUCUGAAGAGCUGCCAUUUUCUGUGUCUCACCUCUGUUGUGAGGACUACCAUUUUGGAGAAGGUUCUGUUUCUUUUCACUCUCUGCCCAGGUUUGGGAUCACAAAGGGAUUGUUCUUA